AUGCAUCCGGCGGAGAUUGAAAGACUCGGUGGUGGUUGGUGGGAGGGCACAUCGACCACGAAAAAUCCAACACGAACCAUGACGGCCCAUUCGAUUUUCACCAUCACCCGAGACCCACCCCAACCGAAGGAGAUGCCGAUCCAAGGCUCCGGAUCGUCGUUCGACCAGCCGGUCCUGGUCGUGCCGGGCGAGAUGAUCGCCUCGUCGAAGUACUGGAUGAGGGGGCACGGGACGUUCAUCGAAAACCAGACGGAGGACGAGCAGGACGCCGGGGAUAUCGAAGGAGAGACGCAGCCCUCGGAGGGGCUCAUCCGGAGUAGCCUUGCUGGCACGGUCGAGCGCAUCAACAAGCUCAUCACCGUCAGUCCACUCAGCGGCCGAUACCGUCCCGAGGUCGGCGAUCUGGUCAUCGGAAGGAUCACCGAAGUUCAAGCAAAACGAUGGAAAGUUGAGGCCGGCGGUCGUCAACACGCGGUACUUAUGUUGGGAUCUGUCAAUCUGCCGGGUGGAGUCCAGCGAAGAAAGUUGGAAUCCGACGAGCUUCAGAUGAGAUACUUCUUCCAAGAGGGUGAUCUAUUGGUAGCAGAAGUGCAAGGUUUUUUUGGAGAUGGAUCGAUGAGCUUACACACACGCUCGAGGAAGUAUGGAAAGCUACGAAACGGAAUGCUACUCAAAGUUCCUUCGCAACUAAUCUUGCGACUCAAGUCGCAUUUCCACAUCUUGCCGAUCGGGAUCGAUCUAAUUAUCGGAGUGAAUGGUUGGAUUUGGAUUGCCCAACAACGGGCCGACUCAGAACAUGACGAGUCGCUCAAGGAGGGCUUCGAAGCCGAAGCGGACAACAUGUACUCUGACGUCAACGAGCCAAUCACGACUAAAACCCGGGCAAACAUAGCCCGAUUGGCUGGAGCGAUCAAUCUUCUGUCGACCUGUUCGAUGCCAAUCUCCGACUCGUCGAUCAUCAGAACCUACGAGGCCUCCUUGGAAAUCUCGCGUCUGUCCAAGCUGGACCAUCAGCCGAUGGACAUCGAUGGCUCCGACGAUUCCGCUCUCGCUGCCAACCAGGAGUUAGACGGGUUCUUGAAACCCGAGUUUAGGGAGAAGGUCCUGGCCCUUCUCGUGGCCACUCCGUAA